AGAGCCCCCCCGCUUUCCCGUUGAAAGUCUCACAGACACCAACGCCUGGCGUGCCCAAUGCCGUCCUGAUGCCGCCGCCUGCGGGGAUGCGCUACCAGCUGGGUCUGCAUUUCCUGGGCAUCUCGCGGCCCCAGGGCUGGCUGGAGCGGCUGGAGCGGGAGCCGGAGUACGAGCUCAUCAUCCAGGCCGGGGAGGUGGGGAAGCGCCUGCGCCCCCGGAUCCCGGCGCCGCCCGCGACCUCGAGCGGAGGCGUGUCGGAGGAGGAGCUACGGGGGAUGGUGCCGGGGGGCCACUUGCUGCGCCUGGAGGAGCGCACGGCGGUGCGCCUGGGCGAGCCCAUCAACUUCGCCUGUAUCGAGGUCUGGGAGGAGAGGGCGGGGCUCCUUGGCAGCUCCCGGAAGCAGCUGGGCCAGUGCUACGUGCCUUUGGAGCAGCGCUUCAACAAGAGGCUCUGCACCUGGUCCAUCACCAAUGCCGACCAAGAAGUUGGCUUUGUCGUUUGCAGGUUUUUCCUGGGGACCACUCCGGCACCUGUCCGGAGUCUGCACGUGGUGACGGGCACGUGCCGGGCCAACGAGCUCCGAUUGGUCUGGGAGCCGCCCUUGAGCGACGGGGACUUGCCGCUGCGUGGCUACCGCGUGGAGGCCCGGGAGCCCCAGUCCGGGGCCCGGCUCGGCGGGAGCGCCGGCUUCUUCUCGGAGCCCCGCACCGCCAGCGCCCCCGCCUCCAGCGAGCCGCAGGUCACCUUGACGAACCUCGCGGGGAACACGGUGUACAUCAUCCGGGUCUGGGCCGUGAACGAGGCGGGCGCCGGCCCGGCGGCCGAGGUCAUGGGGCAGACGGGCCCCGUGGCCCCGGGGUUGUGCGGCUUGGCCAAAGGCGCCACGGACGAGGAGGCUCUGAGCUUAGAGUGGGAGCCACCUGGAAAUAGCGGCGGAGCGGAUCUGGUGGCAUACCGGGUGUGGUUGAGGCCUGUCUUCCAAGACGGGCUCGGCGGCUUCGCCCCCGCGGACAGCUUCAUCGACUUGGGGCUAUUCGAGCAUCAGGGCGCCGGCAACGCCGUGCAGAAAGCCUCGGUACGACUGGAUCAGCUGCAGUCCUGUUCCGGGUGCUUGUGCAGCGUGGCGGCCAUCAACUCUGCCGGGCUGACGGGUCAGUCGAGGGAAGCGCCGGUGGUGUGGGCCAGCGUGGAUCGGGGCAAGGAGAUCUUCGAGCUGGGGUCUUCCCCCACUUCCGCCGUCUCCGGUUCUCUGCGUGACAAAGGCCUUCCGGGCGCUCCGGGAUCCUUCAACGGCCCGGGAUCCGAUCAAAAAGCGGGCGAGGCGGCCAAAGCCUUUGUGGUUCAGGGGGAGCUGAGGGAGCCGGUGACCUCUGGAGCCGCCAUGCCCAAACGAGAACGAGUGGAACGCGAACGAGUGGAGCUGAGGCCCCCUGAGCGAGUCUCUCGGCCGCUGAACUGGGGCAGAUCCUCCCGGGGGUCUCUGCUGGCACGGCCCGUGAGCUGAGCAAUUGUCAAUAUGGCUGUGGGUCAAAACCAAUGGAUCCCAUUUUGGG